AUGGGUCGUCCGUUUGUGUUGGAUUGGGUUACGUCGGUUUACGAUUCUUUAGACUCGCAUAGCGAGUCUGUAUUACCAACUGGUUCCCAACAAGGUUCCCGAGAGGGAACCCAACCAGGUUUUCAACAAGGUUUUCAACAAGGUUCCCAACUGGGUUUUCAAGAGGGAUCCCAAGAGGGAUCCCAAAGUUUUCAACAAGGAUCCCUAUCGGGAUCCGAAUCCUUUCCUACUCACAUCUGGUCUGACAACUCCAACCAUCCCAUCUACUCACCUCCUCCUCAUAAUCUAACUUCCAUUCGUCAUCUCUUAUCUGAAACUCGAAAUCUCACCGUGGUCGACUUUAAAAUGUAUAUUCAUCUAUUACUCGGUCGCAUGACCAUGUCUGCUAAAGAAGCCAUCACUGAAUUAUUAUGGUCAACUCUAUCCCCACAUCAACAACAGUUGUUUGCAUUGCCUUACUUUGGAAAUCGUUGGUCUGAUGAUGAAAUCUUACAAGGUUUGCAAUCACCUUGGUUAUCCAGAACUCAACAAAUGCAUUCUAAUCGCGAAUUGGCUCGAGUGGCUGCUACAUCUCGUCGAGGCUUGGAUCCCACUUCUCAUGAUUCGACUGCUUUAAAUUCACAACCUGCUCGUUCUUUUUCUGGCUCUGUCACUUCCUUCUUGAGAGACGUGUCCAUAUCUGAUAGACCUCCUCCGCGUCCAUAUGUACAAGUACCAACUUUCAGCUCUGCUGAAUCUACAGUUCGUCAUGCUGCUAUGCGUAAUGUGUCCCCAACUUCCCCAUCACGCUCUGCACCAGCUACCAACACUACCAGUCAAAACAUAUCGACCUUCCUCUCUCCAUCUGAUCCCCCCUUUUUACCUUUUAAUCGUCUAGAUAUAGGUAGAUCACGUUCCAUGGCUCUUGAAGAUCAAGUCUUUGCUGUGUUGAUCGAAGCCAUUGUUCGCGCUGAACGCGCUGAUAGAGCAAAUGCUACCACCUCAACUGCAAAUCCUUCCACUCUUGCCAGAUUGCCUUCUGCUACUUCUCCCUCUACCCAACCAAGAGAAACUGACCCUUUGAAUUCACUCUCUGUAUAUGGUAUGCAACAUCCAAGACUACCCUCUGCAACUCCCCCCAUCACUCCCGUUGCCGGUCUGAUCCCUGGUCAGAUUCUACCUACUGCCAUACCCUCACUGUCUUCACUGGUUCCAAGAGUAUUACAGGAUACUUCCAUCGUAAUACGUCCAUUAACUCGUACCCCUUUGACUGCACCCUUGGCUUCUGCCUCAUCAACCUCUCCCAUCGCAUCAAAUAGAUCGACCGAUGUGGAUUCAUCUGAAAUUAUCAGGCUAUAA